GGCGUGUGAGUGAUUGUGUGAAAAAAUAUGUGUUUUGUGAUGUUUUAACCCCAAAUGGAGCACAGAAACAGUAAAAUGACUGCAAUGUGAAAGAGAAGAAAGAGAUACGCCCAAACAAGUGCCUUAUUAGAACUCGAGCCAGCAAACAGUGCCUGAAAAUUAGCUUAACUUAGUAUAGGAACGAACGAGAUUACGAAAUCGACUUCGAAGUUUUAUUUGGUGGCAAGUGACCCGUGCACAUCGCAAACGCCGACGGAAUCGUGACGUAACCUGCGCGCGCGCAUCGAAAGCGCUCUACAGCAGAAUUGGCGCCGGCUGACCGCGCCCAGAAGCAGCCCAUUCCCUAAGCAAAAUGGCGAACCUAUCGCUGAAGAUAUCCCUCGAAGGAGGCAAAGUGGUGAAGACCAUCCAGUUUGAGCCGUCCACCACCGUCUACGACGCCUGCCGUAUUAUCAGGGAGAAGAUUCUCGAAGCCAACUCCAAUGACUCAAAAGAAUACGGUCUCUUCCUCGCCUCCGAAGAAGAUCCAAAGAAAGGCAUCUGGCUGGAAGCCUCCCGCAGCCUUGAUUACUACAUGCUGCGUAAUGGAGACGUACUGGAGUACAAUAAGAAAACGAGAAAUUUGCGUGUUAGGAUGUUGGACGGAACUGUGAAAACCCUCCUAGUCGACGACAGUCAGAUCGUUGCCAACCUAAUGGUGGUGAUCUGCACCAAGAUCGGCAUCACCAACUACGACGAGUAUGGCCUGGUUCGCGAAGAGCAAAAGGAAGAACCCGACCCUUGCGAAAAACCCAACUAUGGCACCCUGACCUUGAAGAGGAAGCACCAGGACAAGGAUCGCGAUAUUAAAAUGGAACAGCUAAGAAAGAAGCUCAGGACCGACGAUGAAGUGAACUGGGUGGAGCCGUCGAAAACCCUCCGCGAGCAAGGCAUCGACGUGUGCGAGACGCUGCUGCUGCGCCGCAAGCUGUUCUUCUCGGACCGCAACGUGGACUCGCGCGACCCCGUGCAGCUCAACCUGCUGUACGUGCAGGCGCGCGACGCCAUCUUGGACGGCACGCACCCCGUCACGCAUGACAAGGCCUGCGAGUUCGCCGGCAUCCAAUGCCAGAUCCAGUUCGGCGACCACAAGGAAGACAAACACACGACUGGAUUUUUAGAUCUGAAAGAAUUCCUACCGGCCUCCUACGUGAAGGUGAAGGGCAUAGAAAAGAAGGUAUUCCGAGAGCACCGCAAGCAUUCUGGCCUCAGCGAGCUCGACGCAAAGGUGCUGUACACCAAGAGUGCCAGGGAUCUGAAGACUUAUGGCGUCGCUUUCUUCCUUGUCAAGGAGAAAAUGAAAGGCAAGAACAAGCUAGUGCCGCGUCUGCUCGGCGUGACCAAAGACUCGGUGCUGCGUCUGGACGAGAAGACCAAGGAGAUAUUGCAGACCUGGCCGUUGACUACAGUGCGGCGCUGGUGCGCCAGCCCUAACACGUUCACACUGGAUUUCGGAGAUUACAGUGACCAGUACUACUCCGUCCAGACGACAGAGGCGGAGCAGAUCCUGCAGGUGAUCGCGGGAUACAUCGACAUCAUCGUUCGGAAGCAGAGGGCGAAAGAGCAUCUCGGAAUCGAGGGGGACGAAGGCUCCGCCAUGUUGGAGGACUCCGUCUCUCCCUCCAAGGCUAACAUCAUCCAACACGACACGUUUAAGUCGGGCAAGGUGAACACCGAGUCCGUCGCUAAACCUGCCGUCAUGAGGCCUGGAGCUGAAGGCGCGAAGCCAUUCGCGAUGAGCCACAUGACCGGCGCGCAGCAGACUACCGUCUCGGGGCAGAUCAUCACCGGGCACGCGCCGCCUUCAGCAUCUCAGGCGCAACAAACCAAAGUGACUUCGGUACUGUCGGAGCCACAGCGCGCUUUGCUUUCCACAAUUACCACCGGACGUGAAAUCAUCCGUCAGACAGAGCAGGAGCUUACCAGGGCCUCCCUUCCGGCACUUGGACAAGACGCAGCCUCGAUAAAAUGGAAGCAAGUCACAAUGGACACAAACAAGCAAGUUGUGACGUCACAAAUUGCAGCCAUGAACGCGGCCACUGCGCAGGUCGUCACUCUCACCUCCGGCACGAUCGAGGAGGUGGAUCAUACUGCCGUCGGUGCAGCUAUCACCACCAUUACUACCAACUUACCAGAGAUGACAAAAGGGGACGACAUGUGCAAGCGAGAAUAG